CCGAUGCAAGACCACGAUGCAACAGCAACGCAAGACGACGACGCGCAACCGAUGCAAGACCACGAUGCAACAGCAACGCAAGACGACGACGUGAUAUUUGUUCAAGCCAAGAAAUCUUCACAAUUACGAAACACAAAAAAUCCAAAAAUCAUAUUGUCAACGAAGGAAAGGAGAAAUAUUCUAAAUGGAGGUAUGCUCACAGAUGAAAGCAUAAAUCUGGCUCAAAAUAUUUUGUCCAGACAAUGCUCAUCUUUAAAGGGCCUGGAAAACACUACAUUGGGUCCUCUUAACGGAUUUUYAGUAUUCAGRGGKAACUUUGUUCAAAUUCUGCAUACUGGAACGUUGCACUGGGUGUGCACCGCAAAUUUGUUUACUCAUGGGAACUUAAAGAGCAACCACAUCGACUACUACGACAGUCUUUUUUCGCCGUCACGUAAACGGCUGGCGUCUGCUGUUGAGAAGCAGGUAUGCCAAUUUCUCUACACCAAAGAUCGAKCUGUCAACGUCAACAUUKCACCUGUUCAACAGCAAACAAACAGUACAAACUGUGGUCUGUUUGCCAUUGCUAACGCCACAARUUUARCUUUUGGACUAUGUCCGACAAAACUUACCUAUGACGAAGAURUUAUGAGAAAGCACCUWGUAAGUUGUUUUGACAUYGACGAAAUGUUACCUUUCCCGACGACAAYACAAAAGAUCAGACGAUGCAAAGCCUCAACCAUUGAAGUCGAAGUAUUUUGUUYAUGCAGAAUGCCAGCGAAAAAGCCAAUGGCAGAAUGUGAAAGCUGCCAGGAGUGGUAUCACAAAGACUGUGAAAAUAUACCACAUGCAGUUUUUUCUGGGGAGGAGGCGGAGUGGGUGUGCAAAGCUUGUAGCUCAUAG